GCUGCCAUCAUAUCUCAUUUACCAUUGUUCUUCUUAACGUUGACGUUGCUGCCAACAUCUCGAUACCAAGGUCUUAACAUCGAGAGGUUGCAACAUGGGUGCGUACAAGUAUAUCAGCGAGCUAUACAAGAAGAAGCAGUCUGAUAUACUCCGUUUUCUGCUUCGCGUUCGUUGCUGGGAAUAUCGUCAGCUCAAUGUGAUCCAUCGUGCUUCCCGACCCUCCCGCCCCGAUAAAGCUCGUAGAUUAGGCUAUAAAGCCAAACAAGGAUAUGUCAUUUAUCGCAUUCGUGUCAGACGUGGUAACCGCAAGAAGCCCGUCCCUAAAGGUGCCACGUACGGCAAACCGGUGCGACAGGGAGUCAAUCAUCUGAAAUUCCAGCGCAGUCUAAGGAGUACGGCAGAGGAGCGUGUUGGAAAGAGAUGUGGAAAUUUGAGGGUGCUCAAUUCAUACUGGGUAAAUCAAGACGGUGUUUACAAAUAUUAUGAAAUUAUCCUGGUUGAUCCAAGUCAUAAGGCUGUUCGUCGUGACCCAACCAUCAACUGGAUUGCUAAGGCGGUACACAAGCGCCGCGAAGCUCGUGGCCUUACCAGCGUCGGCAAACAAAAUCGUGGAUUGGGCAAAGGUCAUCGCUACAAUCAUACUCCAAGUCGGUCCAUCUGGAAAAAGCACAACACUCUCAGCCUCCCACGGUACCGCUGACCUUGUUUUUUUCUGUAAUGUUUGUGCAACAACAGAGACAAUUUUCAUUGAAAUAAGUAGAAGAUGUUUUCCCAAUCAAUGAAUUCGUCAACAAACCAUCUGAUAAAGACAGGCCUUGAUUGUGUGUGUUGAUUUCAAUUCUCUCAUGGAUCAAUACAUGCAAGAAGUAGACUAUCUAAUUGGUCACAGUUUUGGACGCGUGAAUCGAUGGAGCAGAGCA